AUGGUGGCCCCUAAUCCCUCUCGAUCGCAGUUGGAUACAUCGCAUUCUUACUUCCUUCAACCUUCAAGUACCACUGGUGGACCCCCUAUUGGUCUGUUGCUUCGCGGUGUGAACAUCUCGUCGACUUCCAAAUACCCUACCCUUCCUCAAUCGUUGGACGAAUAUCAGGAUCUGGCAGGACGCACAAGAGAUGAAAGAGAUAAGAAAAGAAGGAUUUUAGCUGGACAAGAAAGUUAUUUAGGUGAAGAAGAAGUUGGAUUUUACAGUGAAGCUGAACAAGGUGGUAGGGAUGGAUGGUUUGUUGGAAGACCUUUUCCUUUGGAGGAAGCUGAUGUGCAUCUGAAACGAUUAAAAGCUUGGGGGUUCACAACCAUCAGGUAUCUGGUUACAUGGGAAGCGAUCGAGCAUGCUGGACCGGGGAAAUAUGAUGAAGAGUUUAUCGAUUACACCAUCAAGAUUUUACAUAAAUGUCGUGAACAUGGAAUGAGAGUAUUUAUCUCACCUCAUCAAGAUGUAUUUUCACGUUUCACUUGUGGAUCAGGAGCUCCUUAUUGGGUAUUAGUAGCUCUAGGGCUUAACCCAAGAAGGAUUCAUGGAACAGGUUCAGCCAUCGUCCAUCAAUGUUGGUCAAAAGGAGGGUUUGGAGGUGAAGAAGGUAUACAAGGUGUUUUAGAUGAUAAAUUGGAUGAUUGGCCAGAUAUGAUUUGGAAUACGAAUCUACAUCGAUUGGCCGUUAGACAUUGUUUUACCAUGUUUUGGUCUAGUGAAAGAUUCGCUCCGAAAUGCAAAAUCGACGGUAUACCCGCUUCACAAUAUUUACAAGACCAUUUCAUAUCUGCUUAUGGACAUCUUGCUGAACGUAUUAGUGAUGCUGGGGAUAUACUGGAUGAUUGUCUGAUAGGAUGGGAUAGUAUGAAUGAACCUUCUGAAGGUUUCAUCGGCAUGCCAAAUUUGAAUGAAUUUCCUCCUGCUCAAAGCUUCAAGAAAGGACCAAGUCCUACACCUCUUCAGGGCUUCCAACUCGGUUUAGGACAGAAAGUCAAUAACAUUGAGUUCGGCGAUUUCACUUCGACAGGUCAGAAGUCAAAAGGAACAGUGACAAUAACUCCACCUGAAGGAAAAGGAGUCUGGCUGACCCGGGAAGAAGCGAAAGAAGCCGAGAUGAAAUGGGGCUGGAAGUGGAGUGAAGAUUGGGAUUUCUGGGAUGAAAAUGGACAGGGUGGUUGCGUGUGGGCUGCUCACGGAGUAUGGGACCCCCUCAAGGGGACUAUCAAAAGACCUCAGUAUUUCAGUCCACCGGAUUCUGAAGUCGAUUUUAUUCGAGAUUUCUGGCGUGUGCAUUACACACGAUUUCUCGAACGUAUUCGAAGUUCCCAUCCCAAUGCCAUAUCGUUCAUCAAUCCCCCAGUGUUCGAAGAGCCACCGGAUUUGUCUGAAGAUGUCAAAAGAGGUAGAAUCGCUUCGAGUCCUCAUUUCUAUGAUGGGUUGACUUUGCUCAAUAAACGGAGACACGUAUUCAACGCCGAUGCUGUGGGUCUGCAAAGGGGAUUAACGAAUAUAUUGUCAGCGUUGAGAUUCGGCUCAAAGUCAAUCAGAUCGACUCUACGAGGUCAAUUGGGAGAAUUGAAGUCUGACGCCAAUAAGGAGGAAGGGAUGGGAAACGACGUAGAAGGAGGGGAAUAUCCAACUAUAAUAGGGGAGAUUGGUACGCCAUGGGAUAUGAAAGAAACCAGACUGCUGGGUUUGGCAAAAGGCAAGACUGAUAGGAAAGAUUACAAAGAGCCAGCGAAAGCGAUGGAUGAAGUACUCAAUGCAUGUGACGGUCAUAACGCAUUAUCAUACACCUUAUGGGUAUAUGAACCGCUUUCAUCGCACAAUUUAGGAGACGGGUGGAAUGGAGAAGAUUUAUCAUUGAUUUCAUACGAUGAAAUACCAACAACUUCCAAUAGUCCAGAAAUAGACGAUGACUUGUUGAUCCUGAAACCACCAGAUCUAAAAUCGUUAAUAACGCUGGGAAGUAGAGGAAUUCAGAGUUGGUGUAGACCGUAUCCACUAGAAAGUGUUUCGAGAAUUGACAAGUUCAGUUUCGAGAUGAAAUCAUCAGAGUUUCAUUUAACGAUUUUGAUCCAGGGUGUACAGAACCACAAACUUUGGAAAAAAGAUUCUGAUUCCAAUGAGAAUACCUUGGUAAACGGGAAUGGUGUAGAAUCAGAGCCGACUUCAAGUAUUGAUCAGAAUGAAAAUGACGAUGUUCAAGGUUAUACAAAAGUAUAUCUUCCUUAUAUACAUUAUUUGAAAUCGAAUCUUGAUUUAGAUUCACACUCAAGUACGACUACUUCUUCCUCGACGAUAUCGUCAACGUCAAAGUCAACUCCGAUAUCGACAUUAGUAUCAAGUAAAGGAGACCAGAAUCCUAGAUUGAUAGGGGAACCUUCGGAAGAUGAAGAAGAAUGGAUCAAAGGUACCGAACCUGCAAGGAUCGAUAUAGAGUUGAUCGAAUUAAGUGAAGGUUCACUUGAAAUUAAAGGUCAAUGGGGUUAUUGGAAAUACAAAUUAGGUGAAAAAGGUGAACGAAUCGCCAGUUUGAAAAUCAGACCCUGGAAGGGGUAG